AAAGGUCUGGACAUCAUCACAAACAAGGUGACAGCUGAGGAGCAGCGACUUUGCACUCAUCACAUGAUCAGUUUCCUCGAUCCCCUGGUCUCCUCUUAUUCGGUGGUGGAUUUCAGGAAUAAGGCGCUGUCCAUAAUAUCCUUCAUGCUGUGUGGGCUGAGAGUUGUGAUAUCAUCUGUAUGGGAAUAUAUAUACUGUAAUUUCAGGCCGUAUGCUGUGGGAAGUUUACGUAGUACCUUAAAUGUAAUGAAAUACCCAUCCAGUUUCUACAAUCAAAGAAAUUUUGAAAGAAGGCAUCUACACUUCAAAAAGUACUUCAUUAUGUGUAAAGCUCUUUGAGAUGUCAUGAAAGGAAUGUGAAAAUCUUCUUGUCAUAGUGGAAUCUCUGGACUAGGGUUUGUAACCACAACAUAACUUUAUCUGGACUGUUUGUUUCUUCUUCAGCACUGGGUUAUUUUAAACAUUACAAUCUUACACUCGCAACUCCUGGUGUGCUGUGCUUCCUGGGUUUGACAAGAGACCAUGGUGCAGAUUUGGUCCAAUUCUAUCUAUAUCAUUGACAGAGAAAAGAUCCCGAUUAUUGUAGGAGGGACCAACUACUACAUUGAAUCACUGCUGUGGAAAGUGCUGGUGGACACAAAGGAAGGGAAUGUUUGCUCUGCCGUAGAUGGAACAGUUGUGACUCAAACACCAUCGACCGACAGGAAAGAAGAACUGGAAAAACUUGACUUCCAAGAGCUAUACACACGACUGGUUCAAGUUGAUCCUGAAAUGGCAGAAAAAUUACACCCACGUGAUAAACGGAAAGUGGCAAGGAGCCUGCAGGUCUACGAGGAGACUGGAAUUCCCCACAGCAAGCUUCUACUGCAGCAGCGGGAAGAGGUGGGGGGAGGUCCCCUUGGUGGUGCUUUGCGCUUUCCACAGCCCUGUAUUUUCUGGCUACAUGCUGACCUUCCAGUUCUCGACGAGCGCUUGGAUCGCCGAGUUGAUGACAUGCUUGCUGCUGGUCUUCUGGAAGAACUGAAUAGUUUUCACAAUCAAUACAACCAACAGAAAAUAGCCAAGAACAGCCAGGACUAUCAGCACGGCAUUUUCCAAUCCAUCGGAUUCAAGGAAUUCCACGAAUAUCUGAUCUCCAAAAGUAGCUCCAGUGAAACGAGGGAAAAGCUGUUGACACAAGGUAUUGCUGCGCUGAAACAAGUCACAAAGCGUUAUGCAAGAAAACAAAACAAGUGGGUCCGGAAUCGUUUCUUGAAAAGGCCGGGUGCAAACGUUCCACCAGUGUAUGGCUUGGAUGUGACUGUUGUCAGUCAGUGGGAGGAGACAGUGUUGCGACCUGCACUCCAGAUCAUCGAGAGCUUCUUAAAGGGAGAGAAACCUGCAGCACAGCCACUAACUUUGGCUCGUGACCAGAAUGAUGGGAAGAGGAACCGGCGAGUAUGUGAAUUGUGUGAUAAAAUCAUCCUUGGUGACCAAGAAUGGAAGGCUCACCUGAAAUCCAAGAAUCAUCAGUACAACUUGAAGAGGAGGAGGAGGGCGGAGGCACAGUUAAGCACAUGCACUUCCCCUGACACUGAAAACACUCCACAAGAAGUGUAGAGGCUACCUCCAAUCUGCAGUUAUAUCACAGGAACUUGCCCAGGGAUGUGAAUCAACUGGUAUGGAUGGUCUAGAGCAGUAACUGGCCUGAAGUUAUUACCUAUUAGAGACUUUAUGCAGAAUAGCUCUAUAAUUAAAGGACGUACCGUUGCUGCUAUUCCUCUAUUUGUUCCUAUAAUUAACACUGAAUUUGGUGUCGAUAUUCUAGCUUGUAUCCCUGGAGCUUCCUGUUGGAUCAGUUGUCAGGUAAAGAUUGCACAUUUUUUUCCUUUGAAAGUUGGAGACAAUUGAUAUCUGCUUGCUGAAGGUGGCUGGGUGUAUUCCUGGAGAUUGUCACACCUCUUGACUCCAGCCUCGCUGUCCAGUCAAUCUUUUCUCACCAUUAUUUUAACUUGCAGUAGUGUUGAAGUAAAGUUAAAAGAUGCAUUUUAUUUAAGGAGCCUAGUGAACUUUCCUGCAUGGUUUGCUCACUGAGGUAUCCAGGGGAUUAAUCAUUCAUUCCAAAGAGUUAGCAACCAUAACCUGAAACCACUCAGCAGGAACUGAUCAAAUAUGAUAGAAGGAACAGAUGUUUGGAAUCAUGGUCUGUUCAGGGCUAUUCUCCACAUGCCUAUACCGACAAGAUAUUAUGGCCAGUCAUUGACGUGGAAGGUGAUGCUCAUUGACUCAUGGUGACUUCUCCCAGGGGAUGGUAUGCUGUAUCACUUUGCGUGUUAGACCUGAAAGAAGGAUGGAGGCAGCAAGGACUGACAACAAGUGACAAAUUCCCUUCAGCAGUGCGUUGUCUCUUGGGUGCAAGUGCGGAGAGUGAGAAUAACAAAGGUUGUCAGAUCGCAGGAAUGUGAAGUGAAUUCUAUAAAUGGGAGCAAACAUGCAGUCUAAGCCGAGGACAUGGUUCCUAUUGAAUGUUUUGUUUUAAUUUUCCAUUUCUGUUCUGGAUGUCAUGAAUGACUAUUCUUUAAAUAUUCCCACCAGCUGCAGGUAAGAAAUGUCCAGUGAUGGAGAGGCUGGUCAGGUACACCCAACCUGCUGCAGAACCACAGGGCUUUAAUACUGAUUUUUAAAUUCCCACCACCCUAAUUUUUGUAUCCUUGGAACUUAAGUCCAGGUUUCAUUCUGGUAAAUCUGUACUAUACUUCCUCCAAAGUCAUUGCAUCUUUCCUUGAAUAUGAAGACUAUAAAGUGUUCAUGGUACUCAAGAUGUGAUCCGACCAAGGCUUUAAUAACUCAAUUAUAAUUUCUAUCCACUUGAAUUGUAGUUCCAUUUUCCGCGUUUCCAUUUUACAUGUUUACAUAUAUGGAUAUCUUGAUCACUUUGCACAUCUAUUCUUUGUAGGUUUUUACUAUUUAGGGGACAGUCUGCUCUAUCCUUUGUAAAUCACAUUUGAUUUGGCCUCAUUUGCCAGUUUUUUCCCCCUUUUUCUUAAUGAAGGUAAUAUCUUUAAUUUUAUACUUGUACAGUGCUUUGCAAUCCAGCUCUUGUGGCAUUGGUAAACUUGUUUUCAAUAUAACCAUCUAAAUUAAAAGUAAGUAUUGUGGAUAGCUCCGAUACAGAUCCUUGUGGACACUACUAUCACCACCUGUUAGUUAAGAAAACCGGCUCAUUAUCCCUUUGCCUCUCUGCCACUCAGCUGGUUUAUUAACCAGGUUAACAAUUCACCUUUAACUAACAAUAUCUAAUGUGCAUCUUUUUCUGUACUUCUGUCAUUAGCUAAAUAACAUUUCAAAAAUGUUGUCUUUUCAGGACAUUCAUUCCAAUCCAUCUACCCCUUACAAUCUGUGCUGGCUGUCACCAAUGAAUUGAAACAUUUUCAAGGUAUUCAAUCCCUGAAUCUGAGCUCAGAAAAUUUUCCCAAAGCAAAUGUUAGGCUAAGUGGCCUAUAAUUCACUGGCUUCCUGCCCCUUUAAUGAAGUGACUAGUCCAGUUUUCCAAUCCAAAGGAAUAGUUUCAGAAACAAGGAAAGUUUCAGAGGUUAUUGCUUGAGCACUUGAAAUGUUAUCACUUCCUUCAUAAUCCUGAAAUGGAAAGCAUUUGGUCCUAUGGGCUUGUCACAUAUUAUUGCCAUCAUAAUAUGCAGCAUAUUAUUACCGGUGAAACCCUGUUCCUGAAAACAUAGUUGCUUCCUUGGAAUAUUUGAAAUUUGGUCUUCUAUCUCUACAUUCAAUAUUGACAGUAAUUAUUCAGCAUUUCAACAAUUCCCUUAUUUUCAUUUGCAACAUCAUCAUCAAUUUGAGGUCCAGAACCCAUCUAUUCAAAAUAUUCGGGGGUGGGGGGAGGGCUGUGGGGAGACAAUCUAUUUAUUUUGCAAUUCCAUGGUCCCUUUUAGCUGCUUUUACAACCUGUUUGAAAGGAUCUUUGCCCAUUUUUGCUAUUUAUUGUUAUUUUGGUUUUAUGUUUAAGGAGCAACAUACUGUAUUUCUAUCCAUUUAGUGGUUAUGGGCAUCACUGACAAAACCAGCGUUUAUUACUCUUGAGAAAAUGAUCAGCCACCUUAAACAACUGCAGGCCUUCUGGUGAAAUUACUCCCACAAUUUUGUUGGCUAGGAAGUUCAAGGCUGAUUGAUGAUGAAGUAAGAGUGAUAUAUUUCAAAGUCAGGAUGCUGUAUGACAUAAGAGGGGAACCUGUAGGUUUUGCCUGCAACUCUUGUCCUUCUCGGCAGUAAAAGACAAAGGUUUAGUAGAACUUGCCAGGUUAGCCUUAAUGAGUAAGUAUAUUGCAUGUUGUGGAUUAAGCUGCCCCAUUAGUGGUGGGAAUGAAUGUCUAGGCUGGCUGCUGCAAUGCCACUCAAGCUGCCUUGUCCUGGAUUGCACUGAACUUCCUUAGUAUUGUUGGUGUUCCAUUGAUCCAGGCAACCUGAGAGUCUUCCACUGCACCACAGACUUGUGCUUUAUAAUUAAUCAAAAUGCUGUGAGAAGUCAGGAGGGAAUUGCUUUGCUGUCCACGCGGACAUGGUGUGCCAAGUGCCUGUUUCUGCGCUAACUCCCAUACCGUGGGAGUUAUUCCCUGCAAGGUGCCCAGCUUGUGAUCUACUCUUGUAUCCACAGAAUAUAUAUGGUUAAUCCAGCUGAAAUUUCUGGUGACUUUGAUGCUGAGGGACUUGAUAAUGUCAUUGAAUGCGAAGAAUAGAAGUCUCUGUUGCUGGAGGUGUUCACUGUCCAACACCUUCCUGUUAUGACUGUUGUUUCUCGCAUCAGUCUGUGUCCGAGUGUUGGCAUACUGCCCUGAGUGCAUGCAGCAACACCUAGAUUAUUUCUGAGAAGUUAUGAACAGAAUUGAGCAUUAUGCAAUCAUCAGCAAACAUCCCCACUUCUGACCUUAUGAUGGAAGCAAGGUCAUUGAUGACACAGCCUAGAACACCUCUGAGGAACCCCACAGUGCUAUCCUGGAGCUGACAUGCAGUGAUGCAGAGAGAACCAUGAACUCUGACUUGUAGUGGAUCUUAGUUUUGGAUUCAACAUUCAGCCUGUGACACUUAAGUUAAUGGGGAGAAUGAAGGCUCAAAGAAAAAAACAAUGCAGUUUUAUAAUUCCUUUUGCAAUCUCAGGACAUGCCAACUCUAAUACUGGGAAAUGUGGCAGCCAUAUUGAGUAAAGCGAAGCUCCACAGGGAGGAAUGAGAGAAUGAUCAGCUAAUCUGUUUUAAUGAUUAAAUUCUGUUGGUCCAAUGUUGACACCAUCCAGCACAUGUGGUAGUUUGGGGUGUUGCAGUUCUAGUUAGUAAACAUUGCCUGAAUAAUGACAGGAUAGACUGUUGUAAAUGAGAUACUGACCACAUUCUUUGAUGAAAUGAAUCCUCACCCAACAGUUGCCCGGAGAGUAUGUUGAUGAUAGAUUGAACCAUGCGCCAAGCACAUUAAAAGUUUAAUGACCAGCUUUCAGCUACUCCAUUCUUAAGUGAUUACACUUGCCUCUAGUGGUCACCCCACCAUUAUGUUGUGGUCUGCUACACCUGGGAUCGAUACAUCCUCACUCUACAAAAAAGCCCAUCCCUACUCUCUCUGCGAUACCACGUCCACUGAUUGAACUGCCAGCUGUGGUACAUCACUCAUUGAUCUUGUCCCCACCCCUACAUGUUGAUACAACACUCAGUGACCCCCACACCACACUGUUUUCUGUAUAAUUACAACAUCUGAUCUUCCAAUGAUCCUUUGGUGAAUCGCCUCCAAACUUGAAACCUUCCCUAAUGUCUCUGUGACCAAAACUGAACCAAAGACACAUGGAUGGAAUAUAAUUUGAAGUCUACAGUUUGAUCAUCACUUCCUUUGCCUUGUGCUGUCCAGAUGAUUUAAAUUAACUCCUGCAUUAUAACAGUGAUAACAUUUUAAAUUUCUUUUAUUGUCUGUAAAUCUCUUUGGUUGAUCUGAAAGAUGUUACUCUCUGAACACAAGUCAUUCUUUUCCUGUCGGGCUGCUGAUUGUUACUUUCCAUUGGAUGCUCAUGUUUAGUGUUGACUGCAGUGUGAGGGUUAAAAAUAAUUUUCCCCUUUCAAGCACGUGCUUGGGUCACUAUUAUAUAUGGUGCCCCUGUCUGGUUCGUGAGGACCAUGCUGGCUUGUUACUGUGCUUCCUGGUGAAGUUGUCUUGACUUCAUAGUAAUCCUUACUGAUGUGGAACCUCGUCUCACUGUGGUAUUGAUUACUGUCCAACAAACAGCAGCUUUCACCACCACCUCUGUUUCUGCAGUCCGACAGCCACAUCAACAAAGGCAACAAUCAUCCUCAUUGGAGCUUUUAUAGAGCAGGGUAUAAAGGAAUUACGGGAGGACUCACUUGCACUCAAUGUUCAUGAACAGUCAGUGCAGAAAGGUUUGUGGAAGAGUGACCCAUCCCAAGGUCUGUGGCAAGGUUUGCGCUCAGUGUCUUUGCAGCUGGAGUGAAGAAUCUUUCAACGCUCCAAAAUAUCCCCAAGCAGUGUUCAGUGUUUUGAAGUGGAUAUGAAACUGCAGACAAACGCCACAGGACUACAUGAUCUGGGAGCAGAGCAGCAAAGGCUCAUGUCUGGACUACCCGGUACCGUCCUACUGCUGACUUCAUGGUGAUUAAUCUAUUGGCUUCGGAGAGUGAAAAUUCACUGCAGGUAAUGGAAGAACUGUGCAAGGAAGGUUGAAGGUAAUUCUAGAUGGCCUGGGAUACCAUUCCAUAGAAUGCUUAAGAGUGGAUGCCACAUGAAGUAGGACAUCAUUGAAAGGCUUUGGGGGAGGGGGGGCAUGUAAAACAAAAGAAAUAGAUGCAGGACUAACCAGUGGAGAAACUGAAAUUGGAGAACGAGGAAUACCCCACCUACAAGUCUCCGUAUGAACUCUGCUGCCAUUGGCUCCAGUACACCAAAUCCUGGUUUCCUUGGUGACACAAUGCUUAGAGCUGGUACACUAUCACAUGCGGUUCCCAUGUCUGGUUCACGAGCACCAUGCUGGCUCCCUGAAGGGUGGGAGUUGUAAAUACUUGUAACAUUUGUUAAUUGAAAUUUUACUGUCAUAUUAAAAAUUGGCCUUGAAAUCAUGUCUUUUUGAUUUACCUUCAGGUCCACAUUUCUUUAGGUGAACUGGAUUACGUUGUUUGGUGACUGAUCUCUUACAUAAUGAAGCCAUUCUUCAUUGCAGCAUCCAGCUGUAGGUUAUGGCCUGUAGCUGUGAGACAUUGUAGGUGCCACUCAACACUGCAGAGGACUGGGACCACUGGGCCACUCUGUCCUGAUGCACUGUAUGGGCCAUCACCUAUAUAUCAGCUAUUAUGCACUGUCAGUGUUAGAUUUAAUGAUCUAUGGUUGGUUUCUCUCUUUUUCCAGCACAAAACUGUUACAGUGCUCAUGCUCUAAUCCUCUAGCUUAUUCUUCAGAAUAGAGUUUGGAACAUUACUCAUAGAUUUUCAGAUUUGAGCAUGCACAAAAUAUAAACCAUGGGGGAACUAUACUAACAUCUGCCCUCGGGCCACAUCAGGUAAUGUAUUGCAUUGAGCUGUCUGAGGCUGGAAGUACAGUUGUGGGAAAGAGAAUUGCACAUUAUUUACCUUAACCAACACACAAAAUGCUGGAGGGACUCAGCAGGUCAGGCAGCAUCUAUGGAGGGAAAUGGACAGUUGAUAUUUCAGGUCAGGACCCUUCAUCGGGACUGGAAAGAAAGAGGGGAGAGAGCCGGUAUAAAAGUUUGGGGGCGGGGGAGGGGGCGUGUAAGGGGUGGAGCAGGAGCUGGCAGGUGAUAGGUGGAUCCAGGUGAAGGAGGGGAGAGUGGGAAUGAUGCAAGUGUUACGGACUCAGUGAAAGUCCCUUUAAGAUAGAGAGUGUGUGUGUGUGUGGGGCGUCCUUACGUCAAUAGAAGAUAAAGGACAUAAUGACGUUGUUGAAGAAGGAAGGAGGAGAAGGGAGAGAGACACCAGCCUGCUAGUUUUCUCUAUCGAUGGAUGAGAAACAAUAACUGUGUCUGCCACAGAAAUCCAUGUAUGGAAGUUGGAAGUAAUCCGGUGGAGUUCACUUUGUUGCUGACCUGUAGAAGGAAACAGGUAUUUGUGUGUGGACGGCCACGAUUCGGAUGCUUUUCGGGGUGAGGAAGUCACUACCGAGUAAACACUGAAGUGUCGUUUGGGUUCCAUCGUGGAACAUUUGGAUUUCGUAUGUACUCUCUGUUUUUCUACAUCUACGUCUUAUCUUCAGACAACGGUGGUCGUUGAAGAAGCCCUUGCUCAUGUUUCACCUUAUGACUUGCGGAACUGAACUUUAAGAACCAUUCCGGAACUUGGA